UCCGCCCCUCAGCUGUGGAGAUAGGUAAACAAACAGGGGAGGAAAAGGAAACAAGCAGGAGCCGUUUUCUAGCUCUUCACCCUCGGGGAUAUUUUAUAUUGUUUAUAUCCGUUUUUUAUUAUUACUAUUUCUUAACCUGUUUCCUAUCGUUUUUUCAAAAAGAAACAACGUUACUACGUUUGUUGUUGAGUUUUUAAACACAAGAAAUUGCAAGACAAUCGGUCGCCUUGCUGGCUUUAAACACCUUUUUCUAUCCUCACACGACCCAAGCGGUGUGAAUGAAUCAACGAGAGCCACUGAACAACACGUUUUUAUAAUAGAUCUUCCGUGUGAACGAAGAUCGGACCUUUUUUGGGUCGGUUGAAUAUCAACACCAACUAAGGAACUCCUCAAGGCGAAGGCUGGGGAAAAGACCGGUGAACCUGCCCUGCAGUGUAGAAUGACGGCCAUCCAGUUGUUGAACGUCCAGCGGUUGUUAGAAGCGGCAGACUAUCUAGACAGGAGAGAAAGGGAAUGUGAACACGGGUAUGCUUCGGCGUUUCCCUCCGACGAGACCGAAAACUAUCAACGGCAGAGAAAAUUCCGAACGAAGAAGUUCAACAAUAAUCACAAUAGGUCAACACACAACGAGCUGGAGAAGAAUAGUCCCUCCUCUCGCUCUCCACCGCCUCCAACCACUACCACCACCACCACCACUACCACCACAAACACCACUACCCCGCCCGGCACACUGCCGCCACACAGCUCCUCCUCAUCACCGCGCACCACCCUGCCCCCCCCCCCCCCCCCCCCCCCCCACACACACACACACACACACACAAAACCGGGGGCCCUCCUUCCAUCCAUCGGUCCGCUCAGCCGUCCGUCCGUACACCGUCCAUCCAUCCAGGGGUCUCUCCUAUCCCGGCCAUGCUCAGCACGCUCCCAGCAGACACCGCACCGGCGUGUCCAACGCCUCCAGCUGGAGACGCUGUCAGCCUGACCCCCCCCCCCCCCCCCCCCUCCUUCCCUCCACCCUCCACCCAGACUCUCUCCACGGACCCCAGUGCGCCCCAGGGCCGGACCUGUAGGGGGCCCUCAACCUGUCACCCCCCCCACACCCCCAGCAAGCGGUCGACCAAUCACGGAGCCCACGCCCACAGAGUUGUUCAAACUGCAGUUUCGUCUCCUCGAAGGGAGACCGGAGAGAACCGGUCUACCGACUAUUGACUAGGAUGUGAACGGCCCACCGAUGAUCCAAGGGAACGGUGUCUAUUUUUUAAACGAUUUGUUUUGAGGGGUGAUCGUUCCACGAAACCUCCCAUCAUCUUAUUUUAACCCCCUCCCAACCCGUAACCCCCAUGUUUUUUUUUUUAAAGCAGACAUGCACUUAGUACCACCGUCUUUGGAAGGAUUACAGUACCUUCGUCUUUGGAAUGAUUACAUUUUUUCAGUCAACACCCAACCCCCCCCCUGGAGGUUGGGGGGGGGGGGGGGGGGAUGGGGUCCUGCCAUGUCGUCAUCCUUUGGCUCCUCUUGAACGCUUUUUUGGUUGAUUUAUCUCUUUUCAUUUGAACAUCCUCGUCUUAUUCUCUUUCGUCACUGCGAACUGGUGCUAUCGUGAAAACCAAGCUUGUACACGUGCAACGGCGCUUCCAUCGCUGGGGGACCGCCCUGGUCGCCGUGGUUACCAACCAAGCCUGGAGGAAAAAAAUAAUAAUAAUCAAAAAAAUAUAUAUGGGGGGAAAGAACAUUCUAUAUAGUAUAUAAAUGAUAUACAUACAUACAUUCCCGAGGAAAUGUGGGUGCUCCGUGCGUUUUACAGAGUGCACUGUAUGCCUGUGUGUGUGCAUGUGUGUGAGUGUGUGUGUGUGGGGUUUUUGUUUCCCUUGACAAGCAGCUACCAACAAGCUAUGCCUACUAGUCUCCAGCUGUCCAUAGAAACUGGCACAAUACAAACCCCACAUCCUACUGAGAGCAGACGACAGGACAACAUCCAAUGUUGACAUAGAUCUACAGUACAUCCCUUUUCCAGCAGUAACAAGCAAUAACUGGUAGUCCCUGCAGGUUAUUCUCUGUUUAAGCCUUGGCAGUUUUGGGCUGUUUUCAUUUGUUCUCUCUCUGAAGACAAGCACCCGCAUUCACUACCGUCCAAAAGAGCAAUUCGAUUUGCUUGUUUAUUUUUCUGUACAUAUAUACAAAUAGCUUAAUAAAUUAAAGAUAAAAAAAGAAGUAAAAAAAAAUGGUAGAAGCUCAUUGGUAGAACUAUUGCCUCUGUUGCUGUUUGUUCCGUGUCUAUUGUGCAUUUUAAAUUAUAUUUUUUGGAAAGAUUUUAUCUUCGUCAAGAGUGGCAGUGGAUGUGGCAUGGACAGUAUUACUUAGUUCCUUCUUGCUGGUUUUAAACGUUGAAAGAUUACACAUUUUGUAGCUGCACCUCGAAAAAAAUAAUCUCUAUAUAUCUACAUGGUGUUAGGAAACGAAACCGAACACACCCUCUCUCUAGUCGUGAAAGGAGAACUCGAAAAAAAAGACUUCAGAUUAUCGCCUCUGAGUGGGCAUGUCCUUUUUAAUUUAUUUAUUAGAAAUCGUAUUCAACCUUCUAAAUGGUAAGGCAUUCCACUAAUGGUGGCGUGUUGGGCAGAGCUCAGAGAGCUGAGUGGGGGAGGAGGGGAAGGGGCAGAUGAUGAUGAUGAUGUCAUAACACUUUCUCAAGAUGGUGACUUUGUCCCGACCCCAAAUGUGUUUCUGAGGUCUUCUCCAUGUUGCACUUCAAGCUGAAUGAUUAGUUAUUUUCCUUAUAUAAACGUAUAAAGAUAUAUUUCAGUCAUUUCCACCUCUUUUAACAACUCUAAAUGUAAAAAAAAUAUAUAUAUACAAAAAAAAUCUGAAUUUACUUUUUAAAUAUUUAUUUUGACAAUUCCUCCACAAACAAUGGGAGGGAGGUUAACUUAUUAUGUUUGUCUUAUUUCACCCCUCUUUAGUUUCCAUUCCUUCUUAAGUAUUGUUCAUGUUGGGGAUUAUUAUUAUUUUUCUUUUUAAAGGGGUGGGUGCUUGGGGGUGAGAAAAAAAUAUGUAGCCAUUUAUUUUCUUUUAUUUUCCUAUUCUUUUAUUUGAUGGACACUUGAAAUGUAACUGUGCCCCCUAAGCUGCUGUAGUGGGAGCCUUGUCUCUUUAAAACAUCAACAGCCUUGUCCUUACAUCCCCCCCCACCCCCCCCCCCCCCCCCCCCCCCCGAGUCCCAAACACAGUCCAGUUCCCAAAGUGACCCAAACCUCCGCCCAUUAGCAAGAAACCAGGGGUCACCCAGUGAGAACCAAACUCCCUCCAUGAAAACCAAGAAUCCGCGAGGUGCAGCUUCCGGUUUCCCGGUCGUUUUUCUUCGCUUUUGCCCAUUCAAUAGCUGUAGGCUCUUUGUGUUGUUGUUGGCGUAACCAAGACAAAUACUUUUAAGGGUUCAGGGUGGAGGCCAUCCUCAGACAAGGCAUGAUGCAUCGCCAUGGUAAUUGGCACAGAGCUAGCUUCCACUCAAAUACAAGGGGUCUAAAACUCCACUGUCCUCUAUGUUGGAGGAUCGCAUUCUCGAUUAGAUGUUUUUUAGUGGACAACAUGUGUCUUACUUCUGCAGAGGACUCCCUGUUUGGAGGAACAGAGCCCUCAUCCUCCCCAGAGGGAGGGCAUCAUUAGAGGUUUCUGGUUGUCUAAGCUCUCUGCAAAGCUGUGGUGACGUUUUGGGGACUUGGCACAGAAUCAAAAAGUCACCGCUAGACGACAAAAACAAAACAAUGCCAAAAUCACCUCAGAACACCUCAGUCUCUCUCUCUCUCUCUCCCGCUCUCUCUCUCUCUCGUCGACUGUCUGUCUGUACAUUUUUAUUAUUUAAUAUGAUGCACUUGCUUUUUUUCUCCAGCCACUCGCAGUAAAUCCACGUCCUCUCGUUUUAUUAGUAGCUUCUCCUCUGUUGGUUUUGUGAAGCUGCAGCUGAAGCUGAGAGAACAGGGCCCAUGUUUGACAACCCCCAGCCCCCCCCCCCCCCCCCCUCCACCUCGGGUCGGGUUUCCCCUGGUGAGGAGACGCCCGCGGCACUCCAAAGGGGUGGGGAACACUGCACAAGUCACAUAGUGGACGGGCUCACAGCAGUAAACCGUGUUUACUUCUCCUGUACCAUUAUCUAGACUUCCUGUGCUCAUUCUGCCCUAUGUGGCAAACCAAGCCCUGCCCCUUUCCGGCCUGCAGGUGGGACGAUACAAAGGAAUAAGGAUCUACUCAUCCACUAAUGUGUAACCCGGGUGUCUCUCUCCUGUGAUUUUGACUGCGCUCAUUUAUUUAAUGUCCUUACUGAGGCUGUGACGGAUGGACUGGAACUGUGUGAAGAUCAAGCUCCACUUAAUACCUUGUGAACGCUGGAAAGUUUCAAUCGUAUGGAUUUUAUUUUAUUUUAUGUUCAUUUUUUUCUUUAAUUGCUGAUGAUUUGAAAUAAAGGCUAUAUUGAUAUAUUGUA